AUGAUUUCAACUGAUCUGACUAAACCGGUUCAUACCGACAGUUCUCUACCUAUCGAUAAAGGAUCAACAACAGAACCGUCAAUGGAUGUGAAUACCGUCGAGAACACUAAUCAUGCUACAGUAAAUAAUUUCACAACCCCAACUGACCUUGGCACUGUCGUUCCAAUAAUGUCUAAUACAACCAAUACCGAUUCUAAGUCCGUAAUUUCAACGACAAUGAUUUCAACUGAUCCGUCUAAACCGGUUCAAACCGACAGUCCUCUACCUAUCGAUAAAGGAUCAACAACAGAACCGUCAAUGGAUGUGAAUACCGUCGAAAACACCAAUAAAGCUACAGUAAAUAAUUUCACGACACCAACUGACCUCGGCACUGUCGUUCCAAUAAUGUCUAAUACAACCAAUACCGAUUCUGAGUCCGUAAUUUCAACGACAAUGAUUUCAACUGAUCCGACUAAACCGGUUCAUACCGACAGUUCUCUACCUAUCGGCGAAGUAUCAACAACAAAACCGUCAAUGGAUGUGAAUACCGUCGAGAACACUAAUCAUGCUACAGUAAAUAAUUUCACGACACCAACUGACUUCGGCACUGUCAUUCCAAUAAUGUCUAAUACAACCAAUACCGAUUCUGAGUCCGUAAUUUCUUCGACAAUGAUUUCAACUGAUCCGUCUAAACCGGUUCAUACCGACAGUUCUCUACCUAUCGAUAAAGGAUCAACAACAGAACCGUCAAUGGAUGUGAAUACCGUCGAGAACACUAAUCAUGCUACAGUAAAUAAUUUCACAACACCAACUGACCUUGGCACUGUCGUUCCAAUAAUGUCUAAUACAACCAAUACCGAUUCUGAGUCCGUAAUUUCAACGACAAUGAUUUCAACUGAUCCGUCUAAACCGGUUCAAACCGACAGUCCUCUGCCUAUCGAUAAAGGAUCAACAACAGAACCGUCAAUGAAUGUGAAUACCGUCGAAAACACCAAUAAAGCUACAGUAAAUAAUUUCACAACAUCAACUGACCUUGGCACUGUCGUUCCAAUAAUGUCUAAUACAACCAAUACCGAUUCUGAGUCCGUAAUUUCAACGACAAUGAUUUCAACUGAUCCGUCUAAACCGGUUCAAACCGACAGUCCUCUGCCUAUCGAUAAAGGAUCAACAACAGAACCGUCAAUGGAUGUGAAUACCGUCGAGAACACUAAUCAUGCUACAGUAAAUAAUUUCACGACACCAACUGACUUCGGCACUGUCAUUCCAAUAAUGUCUAAUACAACCAAUACCGAUUCUGAGUCCGUAAUUUCUUCGACAAUGAUUUCAACUGAUCCGUCUAAACCGGUUCAUACCGACAGUUCUCUACCUAUCGAUAAAGGAUCAACAACAGAACCGUCAAUGGAUGUGAAUACCGUCGAGAACACUAAUCAUGCUACAGUAAAUAAUUUCACAACCCCAACUGACCUUGGCACUGUCGUUCCAAUAAUGUCUAAUACAACCAAUACCGAUUCUAAGUCCGUAAUUUCAACGACAAUGAUUUCAACUGAUCCGUCUAAACCGGUUCAAACCGACAGUCCUCUACCUAUCGAUAAAGGAUCAACAACAGAACCGUCAAUGGAUGUGAAUACCGUCGAAAACACCAAUAAAGCUACAGUAAAUAAUUUCACGACACCAACUGACCUCGGCACUGUCGUUCCAAUAAUGUCUAAUACAACCAAUACCGAUUCUGAGUCCGUAAUUUCAACGACAAUGAUUUCAACUGAUCCGACUAAACCGGUUCAUACCGACAGUUCUCUACCUAUCGGCGAAGUAUCAACAACAAAACCGUCAAUGGAUGUGAAUACCGUCGAGAACACUAAUCAUGCUACAGUAAAUAAUUUCACGACACCAACUGACUUCGGCACUGUCAUUCCAAUAAUGUCUAAUACAACCAAUACCGAUUCUGAGUCCGUAAUUUCUUCGACAAUGAUUUCAACUGAUCCGUCUAAACCGGUUCAUACCGACAGUUCUCUACCUAUCGAUAAAGGAUCAACAACAGAACCGUCAAUGGAUGUGAAUACCGUCGAGAACACUAAUCAUGCUACAGUAAAUAAUUUCACAACACCAACUGACCUUGGCACUGUCGUUCCAAUAAUGUCUAAUACAACCAAUACCGAUUCUGAGUCCGUAAUUUCAACGACAAUGAUUUCAACUGAUCCGUCUAAACCGGUUCAAACCGACAGUCCUCUGCCUAUCGAUAAAGGAUCAACAACAGAACCGUCAAUGAAUGUGAAUACCGUCGAAAACACCAAUAAAGCUACAGUAAAUAAUUUCACAACAUCAACUGACCUUGGCACUGUCGUUCCAAUAAUGUCUAAUACAACCAAUACCGAUUCUGAGUCCGUAAUUUCAACGACAAUGAUUUCAACUGAUCCGUCUAAACCGGUUCAAACCGACAGUCCUCUGCCUAUCGAUAAAGGAUCAACAACAGAACCGUCAAUGGAUGUGAAUACCGUCGAGAACACUAAUCAUGCUACAGUAAAUAAUUUCACGACACCAACUGACUUCGGCACUGUCAUUCCAAUAAUGUCUAAUACAACCAAUACCGAUUCUGAGUCCGUAAUUUCUUCGACAAUGAUUUCAACUGAUCCGUCUAAACCGGUUCAUACCGACAGUUCUCUACCUAUCGAUAAAGGAUCAACAACAGAACCGUCAAUGGAUGUGAAUACCGUCGAGAACACUAAUCAUGCUACAGUAAAUAAUUUCACAACACCAACUGACCUUGGCACUGUCGUUCCAAUAAUGUCUAAUACAACCAAUACCGAUUCUGAGUCCGUAAUUUCAACGACAAUGAUUUCAACUGAUCCGUCUAAACCGGUUCAAACCGACAGUCCUCUGCCUAUCGAUAAAGGAUCAACAACAGAACCGUCAAUGAAUGUGAAUACCGUCGAAAACACCAAUAAAGCUACAGUAAAUAAUUUCACGACACCAACUGACCUCGGCACUGUCGUUCCAAUAAUAUCUAAUACAACCAAUACUGAUUCUGAGUCCGUAAUUUCAACGACAAUGAUUUCAACUGAUCCGUCUAAACCAGUUCAAACCGACAGUCCUCUACCUAUCGGUGAAGUAUCAACAACAGAACCGUCAAUGGUUGUGAAUACCGUCGAGAACACCAAUAAUGCUACAGUAAAUAAUUUCACGACACCAACUGACCUCGGCACUGUCGUUCCAAUAAUGUCUAAUACAACCAAUACCGAUUCUGAGUCCGUAAUUUCAACGACAAUGAUUUCAACUGAUCCGACUAAACCGGUUCAUACCGACAGUUCUCUACCUAUCGAUAAAGGAUCAACAACAGAACCGUUAAUGGAUGUGAAUACUGUCGAAAACACUAAUCAUGCUACAGUAAAUAAUUUCACGACACCAACUGACCUCGGUACUGUCAUUCCAAUAAUGUCUAAUACAACCAAUACCGAUUCUGAGUCCGUAAUUUCAACGACAAUGAUUUUAACUGAUCCGACUAAACCGGUUCAUACCGACAGUUCUCUACCUAUCGAUAAAGGAUCAACAACAGAACCGUCAAUGGAUUUGAAUACCGUCGAGAACACUAAUCAUGCUACAGUAAAUAAUUUCACAACACCAACUGACCUUGGCACUGUCGUUCCAAUAAUGUCUAAUACAACCAAUACCGAUUCUGAGUCCGUAAUUUCAACGACAAUGAUUUCAACUGAUCCGACUAAACCGGUUCAUACUGACAGUUCUCUACCUAUCGAUAAAGGAUCAACAACAGAACCGUCAAUGGAUGUGAAUACCGUCGAAAACACCAAUAAAGCUACAGUAAAUAAUUUCACGACACCAACUGACUUCGGCACUGUCGUUCCAAUAAUGUCUAAUACAACCAAUACCGAUUCUGAGUCCGUAUUUUCAACGACAAUGAUUUCAACUGAUCCGACUAAACCGGUUCAUACCGACAGUUCUCUACCUAUCGAUAAAGGAUCAACAACAGAACCGUCAAUGGAUGUGAAUACCGUCGAGAACACUAAUCAUGCUACAGUAAAUAAUUUCACGACACCAACUGACCUCGGCACUGUCGUUCCAAUAAUAUCUAAUACAACCAAUACUGAUUCUGAGUCCGUAAUUUCAACGACAAUGAUUUCAACUGAUCCGUCUAAACCAGUUCAAACCGACAGUCCUCUACCUAUCGGUGAAGUAUCAACAACAGAACCGUCAAUGGAUGUGAAUACCGUCGAGAACACUAAUCAUGCUACAGUAAAUAAUUUCACAACACCAACUGACCUCGGCACUGUCGUUCCAAUAAUGUCUAAUACAACCAAUACUGAUUCUGAGUCCGUAAUUUCAACGACAAUGACUUCAACUGAUCCAUUGGGAACGACUCAUACCGACAGUCCUUUGCCUGCUACUGGUGUAUCAACAACAGAACCGUCAAUGGAUGUGAAUACGAUCGAUAAUACCAAUAAUGCUACAGUAAAUAUCGUCACCACGCCAGCUGGCCCUGGCACAGUCGUUCCAAUACUGUCUAAUGAAACCCCUUUCGAUUCGGAGCGUGUAAUUUCAACAACAACAUCUUCAACUGAUCUGUCUGGGAUGACUCAUGUGGAUAGUCUUUUUUCAGCAACAUCUAAUUCUGUGCCUCUUCUCUCUAAUACGACAUUAUCAUCAACAAUAGACCCUUCCAAUGAUUCUUCGCCAUCUGACGAAUCAAAAACUUCUACUACUACAACGACAACAACAAGGACGCCUCCACAUUUGCCUCCUUCACUCAUAAAUCCAUAUAAUAAUUCAACCUCUACAUUUCCACAUGUCUUCCCAUCCUCCACUUCCUUCAAUCCUUCUCGAAACACUUCUAUUGCAACAAACCCUUCACAAGCGCCUCCAUCUGCUUUGAACCCAGAUUCUCUUCCAACAACUCCAUCUUCAUCUGCAUCAGCAACACCUUCAUCCGUUCAUUCUGGCAUCCAUCUUACCUUCAAUCCACUUGAGUUAAUUCUAUUCCCUAAACCCGCAUAUCCAAACCCUACUUCAUCUCAAAACAACCCAAAACCUAAUCCUUGCAUGAUACCGAAUCCUGCUUCUUCUGGUGCUUCCACAGACUCUCUAUCAACAAAUUGCCUGCCAUCAUCCGGAACAUCUCCAGAAAACUUAUCACCAAAUUCUGCACACAAUCCAUCAAACAGUUCAUCAUUUCAUCCAACAGUAGUAUCUGUUCUUCUCUAA